AUGUGUUUUCAUUUCCUUCCAGGAAUCCCUACGACACUAACCCCAGAGGGCCUUGACCUCACCUUUGCCACCAAUUAUGUUGGGCCCUUUCUGCUCACAAAUCUAUUGCAAGGAGCGCUACAACAGGCAGGGUCAGCCCGGGUGAUAAAUAUUUCUUCUGCUUGGCAAACACAUGGGUACUUUGAUGAGGAACAUCUGACAGGGGCUGGUGGACCUUUGACCUUCAACCAAAACUAUUACUGCAGCAAACUGCUUUUGACCUCAAUCACUGGGGAAUUUGCCCGGAGACUUCAAGGGACAGGUAACUGCCUCUGA